UUGCAUUGGUGCUUAUCAGUAUGAAAUUGGCUCAAUCGAUAAGCGAUAUUUCUUGCUCAUAAAAAAUUAGGUCUAUUGUGUUUUUAUAUAUGCCAGCGAAGUAUACAACAAAUAGAAGCCAAAGGAGACAGAGUGCUAAAGAAAGGCGUUUACUUUAAAUGGGGAAUAAUGGCGGAGCAACAGCGUAAAACUGUCAGCGAUCAGCUUUUGCGAGCGCAAUUGGAAGUUGUAACCGCUCAAAAUGCACGUCUACAAGAAGAGAAUAAUUUACUGCGUCAAAAACUCUCACGUCUCAGCGGUGAUAGUCGCUCAGCAGCGGCCAUUAAUGUGGAAGCAAAAAUUAACGCUUUGCGUCUCGAAGAUGAACGUGAUCAAAUGUAUGAUAAUUUGGAGAGAUUGAAAAGAAAAUACAACAAAUUGCAUGCUGCAUAUCUGGAGAAGGUGCAGCGUUGCAAAGCACUGGAGGAUACUUUCAAGCGACAAAAGACGCUGUCCGGUUUGGUGAUGAAAUCAGCGCUAAGUCAACGCGCUCAAGUGUUGGCUGAUAAGACGCAAACGGAAAAUCUGGAAAAACAGGUGACCAAACUGCAGACGGCGUUGGACGAGGCCUAUGACAUAAUUGAUGAACUUGAAUUUGAACUAGAAAGUGCUGUAUUGUUGUCUUUUUUAUUGCAGAUCGACUAUAUGGAGCAGGAAAUGUUACAUAUGCGCAACGAGUUAACUGUCUUGAAGUCCAAACAAAAAGAAUAUACGAGUGCGACAACAAGCUCUAUACCGACAACGGAACUGGAUGAAUCCUUACCGGCUUAUACGGCAGAUAUCCCAGAUGGACCAGGAUGCAGAUAUUCCAGUGGUCCAGCAAGACGAAUAUCAAGAAAUGUACGCAGUAUGUUAAUUCGUCCCAACGCCUCCUCUUCUUCCAACGAGUCUUUGCCCAAUGACGACGCAGACAACGAAACACUUGAACGAGCUGCCAUGACACACGACUUGCUUGAAAAUGCGGCAGCUGAAAGCAAUCAAUUGCGACGGGAGCUCUUAAAAUGUCGUCUACAGAACAGAUGCCGGCCAAAGUGAGACACAAUUCUACUGAUUUUCAAUUGUUUUUGUUGUGAUGUACAUAUGCAAAUAUUUAUUCGAUUCCGUAAAAUAAGAAGAAAAAUAAAUUGAAUAUGCAUUUGGUGA